AUGAAGCAGUGCUAUUUAGCGAAGAAAUGUCUGCAGCUGCAAAGCCAGAGAUUGUUCCAGUUUGCAAAUGACUUGUGCGGAUCAACUAUAGCAUUAAAGGUAUGCACAGUGUUACCUGCACAUUGGCGUUCGAACAAGACGUUGCCCGCCUCGUUCCGUGUGGUGUCCCUUGGCGACGUCACUGACGGAACCUUAGUUACCCUUCGUGCCGGAAACGAUGAAAAUUUCUGCGCGGAGUUAAGAAAUUGCACCGCGGUUAUGAAGAAUCAGGUUGCUAAAUUCAACGACUUACGAUUUGUCGGAAGAAGCGGACGAGGCAAGAGUUUCACGUUAACGAUAACGAUUUCGACGUCUCCACCUCAAGUCGCAACUUAUACGAAAGCAAUCAAAGUAACAGUCGAUGGGCCCAGAGAACCGAGGAGUAAAACUAUGCUCUCUCUUCUAGGGCAGCAACAGCAAUUCCACUUCGCAUUCAGUCACAACUUAGGGCACAAUUUAGGCCACAUCAACCACAACUUAGGACAAAUUGGUCAUCAACUUUCGCACCAUAACCUGGCUGGACACCAUAAUUUGGGGCACAACUUAGGUCACAAUUUGACGGGGCACAAUUUAGUUGAUCCGCUGGUUGGAUUUAGGAUGCCACCGUCGGCUUGUCAAAACAUGUCACAGUUUGGAUCUGAAGGUGCAUGGGCUUACGGAGCGGGUGCUUAUUCGCCGUACCUUGCUGGACCCACAGGUGGUGCCUCGGCUCCCAGUGCCGUGGCGGCCACGGCCAACAAUUCUGUACUUGCUCCAUCACAAUUCGCACCACCUGCUGGGCAAGUUAACGCCGCUACUGUAGCAACUUCAAAUGGAAAUAAUUCGGCGUACUGUUCGAGGCAAACCAAUGAUACUGAUAAUUCAGACACAUUUAAUAAUUCUAAUCAAUUAUUACCGGACUCCACGGCGGAUCUGGAACAACAUUUAAGCGGCCUAGUUGAACAUACAUCUUCGCCUGAACGGUAUGUGCCUUCUACGACGGAAAAUGGACCCACUCAGCAACAUGUGACCUCUCAGCAAAAUAAUUCUGGAGAUUUUUCGCAUAACAGAAGUUUAUCCAGUGAAUCUCAACAGAGCGAUUCGCCUGUUCAAGAUGAUUUACUAUCAACGAGUACAAUGGACGCUGGUACGCAGUGGUGCUCUCCCCUUUCUGCAAAUGCAACAGCAUCCGGAAUUUUCUCCGGAUCGGCCGGAACCAAUACGAACUCCGGCGUUGGCAAUACGUCAUCUGCUACGUAUCAUCCGCAGUACCCUUCUGUGCUGCCGGCUGCUAGUCUUCUUUAUUCGCAACUGUAUGCUGGUCAAUAUCACCAUCAUCAUCAUAAUAUCAUCAAUGGUGCAGGUGCUCCAUGCGGCGGAUCUGAGUUCCAAAGUGUUAUGGAUGUUUUGACACAAAAUGGACGUAACACCUUGAAUAACGUUAAUAGUUUGAAUAAUGCAAAUAAUUUAAAUAAUAGUAGUAACGUAACAAACCAUAAAAAUAUACUAGGUGACACUGGCGGUUCGGUCUGGAGACCAUACUAAA